AUGGAGCAGCUCGCGAAUCGCGAGUUCCGGCCGCCUCCACCGUUUUGGACCCUGAAGUCGCCGGCCGACCUUCCGAGCAGCACGGAAGAGGAAAAGACCAUCAAGCGAAUCGCGCAAAACCUCCCGGCGAUGAACGUUUGGGCCGCGGAUGGCUCGCCCGGCGUUCCAGUCGACGUCGUUAUGAUUGUCGUGCCAACUGAGGCUGUCACGCUCGGGCCUCGAUGGAGCUCAUUUCGCAAGAACGGUGGCCUGUGGGUCCAAAGCGAUGCAGUAGACGGUGGAAUUUCGACCCGUGACAAGCUUGAUCUGCGAGAAUUCGCAACCUCCUACGCGUCUAUAUUCAAGACGCUGGGAAUGGGAAGCGAGAGUGUGGUAGCAAUCGUGGGCUACCACGCCGACGCGUCGGGGAUGACGGCCAACGGGCCCCAGCUGCCGCCGGACUUCCCCGCCCGCAAUGCCCCCAAACUUCACUGGAUGCAACCGACCUUCGCCCCGUUGCGGUCCUUUGUGAUGGCCUCCGUUACCGAGCACUUGGUGAGCUGCGACCUGGGGGAAGUGCAAGUAACGUCUGGCUAUGCGCACCUGCUCGCUGCUGCUCACCACUUUGAGGCAUUCCGCCGCGGCGGCGAGGUCAACGGGCGCCUUUGGGGGGAGGGGGUCAUGCUCGGUAACCGCGACCUGCAAGGGUACUGGGGAGGCUCGAUUUUGGGCGAUCUCGGCGUCUUGUACGUGGCGACGGCGUUUGUGGCGUUGCGGGCGGUGCAGCGGGUCGUCAACCCGAACUCGCGUGGAGAGCUCGGACGGCCCGUCGACCUCAUAAUCGAGGAGGCGCAGCGCUGGCACCUGGACGCUAAGCAACCAUGGGGCGGCAUGGGGAUCCACUUGGGCAUUCCACCGGCGGCGAGGGACGUGGAAGGCUAA